AUGGCUGCUCUGGCUUUGCGAAACCAAAACCAGAACCAGCCGAAUCCGUCUAGCACGAGCACUAAAACGAGCACCACCAAUCCCGCCGUCGCCGCAUUGUCUAACGCAAACACUACUCCCUUCACUAAUUCCACUGCUGUAGCAGAAGUAGAACCAGAACCAGCUGCUGGGGCUUCUGUCACCUCUGUUCCGCCUUCUUGUCCUGCUGCUACUGCUGCUGCUGCUGCUACUACUACUUCUCCGCUGCCUUCUCGUCUCACGCCAGGAAAAGGCCUGCCCAAGGUGGACACGGAUCACAAACCCGCUCCGCCUUCCUCUGCGGGCCUAGAAGCCAACCACGUCCAAGCGACGACCGCCUCUACUACUACCACCACGCCUACGACUACGACUACUCCUCUUAUUAUUGCUUCUUCUUCUUCUUCUUCUACUCCUACUACUACUACCUCUUUGUCAGUUCCCACUACUGCUAGUAAUAGUAGUAGCAACCAAAGUAGUAGCAAAAAUAGUAGUACCACCGCUUCUUCUUCGUCGCCUCCUUGUGCCACGGCUCAUCAAGCUACUACUGCUGCUACUUUCCUCUACUCCUCUGCCGGUCCCUGUCCCUGCUCGAGUCCCGGUCCUGGUCUCAGUAGUGCCAGCUCCAGUUUGAGUCUGGGUACCAGCAGCAGUACCAUUACUACUACUUCUACUAGAACCGCCAGCACCACCACAAGCCGCAGUCUGAGCGGCAGUAGUAAUAACAGCGCAAGCCCAGCCAAACCCACAUCAUCAUCAUCCUCCUCCUCCACGUCCACGGCUCUGGCUUUCGUCGAAGCUUCUCCCGACGGCCCCAUUGCUUCUACCUUGAACAAUUCCCGUCAACACCAAUUGACCGCAUCCACCAGCACCACUCCAUCCUCCUCCCUGUUGUCACCGUCCACAACAACAAAACCACUACAGAAACCUGGUGGUCUCCUAGAUUUUGCUCGGUCUUUUUCUUAUACACCAUCACCACACUCUCCUGCUGCCGCUGCCGCCGAGCCCGCCGUGGUGCGUCCCCGCAACUCGUCCAGUGCACUCGCUCGUCUGAGCCUUCUUCACAACAACUUCCUCAGCUUGAGCCGGCCUCUCUCCUUUACUCCUGCUCUCGACUCUCCCACCAGUGCCGGUGAUCUCUCUCCUCGUUUUGGCGCCUUUUCCGCCAACUCGUCCGCCGCGACAACUCCCGCAGUGCCUUGCAGUCCUCAAUUUGAAGGCAAGCGCUCCAGCCAACUGUCGCUCGUGGGGGACCCUAUUUCCAGGCCUUACAGCGAGACGGACCCCAACACAACACCGCCAAUUCUCAUAAAAGCCGAGAAAAAGAUGCAUCAAACAUCGUCGAGGCUGCUCCGAAUGACGGACGAUGACCGUCCAUUCACGAGGGAUUUCAAGGACUUGUUCUCGACCCUGAUCGUCAGUUUAUUACCACUGGGUGCACACCGAGUGCGUUUGACGAGGGUGGAACACACCUUCCUGUCGGAAGAUGCCAUUAACAACCUGGGCUCGCUCAAGUUCUCGCAGUCUAACCGUAUGCCAGAUCCCAAGGAUCCUUCGCGUAUCGUCACAACUACAACCACCACCACCUUUUCCAUGGCCAAGGACAUGGCAAGAUCGAUAUGUCAGCGAUUUGUGGAGGCAAGAUUUAUCGAAUCCGCUGAUGGCAAGCUGCAACAAGUCUACACUAUGAAGGGGUCUGUUUGGCAGCUGACGCCAAAGGGAGUCGCCAUUUUGGACACUUUCUGCUCUCGAAACGGCAUUCAACAAAGACAAAUCGGUGACCUGGUUGCUACAGGAGUCAGUCAAUUGGUCAUCCUAGAAAGAGACGCCCAGUCGGACAAGAUUGUCAUGGACCGGGGAACGAUGGAGGUUGUUUUUCGACGUUUCUGUGGUGCAAACGGCCUCAAUCUCAAGUCUAGCGUCAGUUCUGCCGACUCUGAUUCGCUCAGCGACUAUCGCGAUGGAAUGACUGGUGUCAAGAUGGCUAUUGAGCGAAAGAUUACGGGUAAGACGUUCAAGGAGACCUUUACCGGCAAGGGCUGCUCGGACUGGCUGAUGGACUGCGCUACCACCGUGGACCGUCGGGAAACAUACGAGAUGGCUUCCCUUUUCGUCGAAUAUGGUUUGAUGGAGUCGGUACAACAAGACCGAGGUUACAUGGCCAACUCGUCGUCUGGCGCCCUUUUCCAGCCCACAAAGAAUGCCAUUUACCAAAUGACGGCUAGAGGCCGAGAAGUCUUCAACGGAGCUGGUGGCCGGGGUCGCACAUCGGAAAGCGAAAGCACCAUCUCGGCACGUCCUGGUAUUGCCCGUGAUUCCAACACUCAGCGUCUGGACAAGAUCCUGAAUGAUGCUGCUUUGAGACUGCUGUUCCGUGAGAAUCUUCGCGAGACGCAUUGCGAAGAGAACUUGUCAUUUUAUCUGGAUGUUGACGAGUUUGUUCGGGGAUGCCGGCAGGCAAUUCGUUCUGCCCAGAAGAACCCCAAUGCCACCUCCAUGGACGGGAUCAAGGAGAUCAUGGCCCAAGCUUACGGCAUUUACAAUGCAUUCUUGGCCCCCGGCUCUCCUUGCGAGCUGAACAUUGACCACCAGCUUCGUAACAACUUGGCCACCCGCAUGACCAAGGCUGUAGGACAAGAUGUCGCUAUGAUCGACACCCUACACGAGGUGACGGCUCUGUUCGAGGAUGCACAGAAUGCUGUCUUCAAGCUGAUGGCUAGUGACUCGGUACCCAAAUUCCUGCGCAACGCAAAAUACGAGAACACCCUCAAGAACUACGAUUUCGAUAACAUUGCCGGACUUCCUGGAGGUCGUGUUCCGGAGAGGAGCCAGAGCAGGUCUAACCGAAAGUAA